UGCCGGUCCGUGCGUAGAUGUGGGUGUGUUUACGUUGACGUCAUCGCGGUUUUUCCGACAGGAUCACAUUUUGAGACAUCAGCAUCAUGUUCCAUGGGAUAUCAGUCACUGGAGGAGGAGGAGCUCCGGCAAAUAAACCUGAGCUAUAUGAGGAGGUGAAAUUAUACAAAAAUGCAAGAGAACGAGAAAAGUAUGACAAUAUGGCGGAGUUGUUUGCUGUCGUCAAAACACUACAGGCCCUGGAGAAGGCUUACAUUAAAGACUGCGUAACGCCUAACGAGUACACCGCCUCCUGUUCCAGACUCUUGGUUCAGUAUAAGGCUGCUUUCAAACAGGUGCAGGGCUCUGACGUGGGCUCCAUCGAUGACUUCUGCAGGAAGUACAGACUCGACUGUCCACUUGCAAUGGAACGGAUUAAAGAGGAUCGGCCAAUCACCAUCAAGGAUGACAAGGGCAACCUGAACCGCUGCAUCGCAGAUAUAGUUUCACUCUUCAUCACUGUGAUGGACAAGCUGAGACUGGAGAUCAGGGCCAUGGAUGAGAUCCAACCAGACCUUAGGGAGCUGAUGGAGACUAUGAACAGAAUGAGUAACAUGCCUCCAGACUCAGAGGCCAAGGACAAAGUCAGUCUCUGGCUGACCACCCUGAGCAGCAUGUCGGCCUCGGAUGAAUUGGAUGAUAAUCAAGUUCGCCAGAUGCUCUUUGACCUGGAGUCAGCCUACAACGCCUUCAACCGCUUCCUCCACUCCUCUUAAAGCGCCUCUCUGUCACAGAUAAAUCUGGAAUCCUGACUCUAAAGCCUGUUAAUUUAAAAGAAGAAGAAUGCUGCUUUCUGUGGAUUUACGUCCCCUCCUCCUUCUGUUCUUCUAGCUGUACAAUUGGUCUCUGUGUUCUUUAAUCGGGAUGUGUACAGGUCACUCUGCUGUCAUCUCAGCCUCGUCAGCUCGGCUCGCUUUGUUCUGUGAACUGUUAUCCCCCCCCCCCUUUUUCUAUCCAGAUUUGUGUGAUAAAUGCAUUAACAGUGGCUGAACUUCAUACUGUAACAUCGAGAAGCCUAUUUUAUACCCAGGGUUUGCAGCAAACCAAUAAACAAACAUGAUACAGGAAAGAUCUGCAUAACAGCAGAUUUCUUUUCUUUUCACUUUUCAUACCCUAAUUGUAUUUCUGACUUAAACAUAAUUUACUACAUUUGUUUUCUACUAACAGGUUUUUGCUGUAGUAUCAUAUAUAAUUGUAAUUACAUAAUUAUUUGGGCUUUAAGAUGAUUAGUUUGCAGUUCAAAGGAAUCAUAUUGAAACUAAGGUGAAAGAAAAUAGUUCUGAUUUUGAUUUUUCUGUCGCUGUCUCUUCUCAUGUCUUAUCCAUUAUUUUCUUUUAAGUAAAGGGUUCAUCAAGUGGGCAAAAAAGGGAGCUCACUGCCUCCCUUUUGUUGUUUACCAAAUAUGUUUCAGCUCCCAAACACCAUUAGGGAGAACAUAUUUAUUGCAAUGUAUCGUUGUAAAUAAUAGGUUUGAUUUUUAAAUAAAAGCAUGUAACAUCUUUUUAGGAAUACAUUUUAAAAGGAAAGAAAAAA